UGAUCGCGUUGCAGCCAUUUUGGUUGUGAGCACUGCAGACAUAUAGCGAAAGAACUUUGUAAUAAUUAUCCUGAUUUGGGCAUUUUACACACGUUUUUUAUAAACAUGUCUGCUCAAGAUCAAAUUCGCGCCAUGCUGGAUGAACUCAUGGGAACAUCCAGGGAUGGGGACAUUGUUAUGUGGGCUUACCCUGACAAUAUUGCAAAGAGGUGAUUGGCCAAGCCGCAACAAUGACAGGUACCGGGUGAAGUUUGAUGACCCGCGGGUAUGUAAGAGCUUCCUCCUCGCCUGCUGUCCUCAUGAUAUUCUGGCCAGCACGAGAAUGGAUCUGGGUGAGUGCCCCAAGAUUCACGACUUGGCUCUCCGUGCUGACUAUGAACAGGCUGCCAAGGGAAAGGACUACUACUAUGACAUCGACGCAAUGGAGCACCUAUCAAGCUUCAUCAGCGAGGUGGAUCGCAAAACUGAACUGGCCAAACGAAGACUGAAGGAUACUCAAGAAGAACUGAGCGAGGAAGCCAAUCAAAAGGCUGAGAUGAUCCAUCAAUUGGGGGAGCAGAUUGGAACGAAGCUAGCCCAGGCAGAGAACAUAGGCAAUGAGGGAAAGGUUGAGGAAUCUCUCCAACUCAUGGAGGAAGUUGAGGAGCUGAAGAAGAAAAAGAGUCAGGCUGAGAUUGAGUUCCGUAACUCGAUGCCUGCCUCCAGCUAUCAGCAACAGAAACUGAGGGUAUGUGAGGUGUGUGGAGCAUACCUUGGUAUCCAUGACAACGAUAGACGUCUUGCAGAUCAUUUUGGUGGAAAACUUCAUCUUGGAUUUAUUACCAUCAGAGAGAAACUGGAUGAACUCAAGCAAAUGGUUGCUGACCGCCGGACACAACGUGAGAAGGAGCGGGAAGAAAUGAGAAAGAAUCGGGAACUACGUGAAGAAGAGGAGAGAAGUCGUCGUCGUCGCACAAGGAGCAGGAGUAGAAGUCGUAGUCGGAGUCGAGAAAAGAGACGUCGCUCCAGGAGUCGCAGCAAGAGAUCAAGAUCAAGGUCUCGUGACAGACGUUCUAAAAAGAGAUCAAGGCGAUCUCGAUCAAGAUCACGCUCCAGGAGGUCAAGGUCAAAAUCCAGGAGACACAGAUCAAGAUCACGAUCUAGACAUUCACGCAGUCGGUCUAGAAGAUCCAGGUCCAGAAGAAGAUCCAGGUCCAGAAGUAAGUCAAGGAGGUCAAGGUCUCGAAGCAGGUCAAGUCGGAAGCACAGACGAAGGUCUCGUUCCAGGUCAAGGUCUAGGAGCAGGUCAAAGAGGAGUAGAAGUGAAGAGAGGAAAAGACGAUCAGCAUCUGCUUCUGGGGGCAGUGAUAAUGAUGAGUGUAGUAAGAAGAAGGAAGAUAAUGGUUCUGAGGAUGAGGCUGACAAGUAGAUGUCCAGCAUGACUGGACGUCUGGGUGAAGAUGCUACAUGUCAGCUCGUUCUCAGUGUAAAAUGUCAGAAUUGACCCAGUCACGAAUCUGUCAUAAUGACCUGCAUUUGGGAAUACUUGUAAAAUGUGUACAAACUGCUUUUAUUCAUGUGAUGUAAAUGAACUUUGUAUUUUAUGAUGUGAUGUGCAAACUUAGAAAACAGAUCGAGGUUUAAUGUUUGUUAUUUUGAAAUGAAUGUAACCUAUUUCCUCAACCCAAUAAAAAGCUAGUAGUUUGUCAAUGCAGAAGCCUCACCCUGACUGCAUUGUUUUGUCCACUGCAAUAUCUCCAUUGGUCUGUUUUUAAUUUGAUGUUACCCGUUCCUGGUGGAUUAUUUUCAAGCUAUUAAUGAUUUCUGGCAGAGUUAAUGAAACAGCAUUGCUGUCAGUAGGUAUUUUGAGCAAAAUAUUCUGCUUUGUAAAUAUGCAAUUCUUUUGAAAUACACUGUAUGCAUGAGCUUAUUGUCUACUCACUUGUGUCACCAAACCUAACUCUUCAGUUUUAGCAGACUUGUAAGGCCAUUAUUUAUGUUUGGACUAUUACAUUAAUUUUUGAUUAAUUUGAUUUUGUUGACAAAACCUUUUUAUCUUUGUUGUAUUAGAUUGUUUUAAGUAGUUGAACUGCCCCUAGUAUAUCUGGAAAAACCUUCUAUCAGAAGCUACCGGUUUUGACUAAUCUACCUGGCCUAAUUGAAUUCUUUUGUACUAAGAAUACAGAAGGAGCAUAAGUCUUAAUGUGGUGUGGUGACUUUAAGUUUGCACUUUUGAAAUCAAAACAUUUUGAAGUAUGAAAUAUCCUCAAAUUACCAUGAUGCAUCAGAUGGAGUUGUAAUACAAUUUGCUUUUUUUAUAAUCUUGGACUGUAAUUCAAUUGAAUAUUUGUAAUGUAUGUCUAGUGCACAAUGGUGCAGAGUAUCAAUUUCUGCCACAUUUAAAGGUCUGUUUCAAGCAUUUCAGUGUUCUUAUUUGUAUGAGGCCAGUCUUGGCCUACAAAUUAAUUUCUAUGGCAAUAUUGCAUUAUGAUAAGUGACUAUUUUAAAUAAACCAGGUUUAAUUCA